AUGCAACACACUAACCUGGGCUGCUUCAGGCGACCUCUCACGGUACCUUCACUCAUUUACCAAAACAAGCUCCCUAACUGCCCGGGUAAAUCCCAGGUUGGUCUCAUCGUGGACUUUCCUCCAAACGCCGCUACGCCCCCACAUCGUCACGCCGGAGCAUCUGUCUCGGCCUACGUGCUGAAAGGCACCAUCAUCAACAAGAUGAAUGACGAACCAACGCGCGUCAUCGAAGCUGGAGGGACCUUCUUUGAGGCCCCAGGAUGCCACCAUAAAAUAAGUGACAACUACAGCAAUUCUGAACCGGCUCAGCUGCUCGUGAGUUUGGUAGUGGACACGGAGGUGCUUGAGAAGGGCGGUCCCGCAGCGUUGACUGUGAUUGACCCCGAGUACAGGGACAUCCUUGGGUAG